AGGGUGAUUGUAUUUAUCUAAAAAAAAUUCUGUGCUGCCUACAGAGCAAUUCCAUUCCUGACAAUGUUUUUGUUUUUAUACUUUUGCAAGGAGGAUGUGUUGUAGGAUGUGAUGUCUGAUGCCCAUAAGAAUUGAUGACCUAAAAACUCACUGACUAGUGAUUGAAAACAUGAGGUCCAGAAUGAAAGGAGGUUUUUGGAGUGGCGUUUUGCUGUUUCUCUGCACAUUUGUAAGCGGACAACCAUCCUGUCCUGUAGAGACGAUAAGAACAGAGUUACAAAAUCCAAAUGAGAAACCUUCCAAGCUGACCUUCAACAGUGCCUUUAUGUCUCCAAUUGUAAAUUCAUUCCUGGGUUCUGUCCAGACCAAGUCAUUCCCUAAAGAUCUGGUGGUUGGAUUGGUAAAAGGCAGCGGAACCACACAAACGGAUAUGAUUAAAGAGGUUUUGCAAUAUGAGGUAGGUUUCCUUGUCUGUGUAGCCAUUGGGAUCCUCUACAUUGUCCUGAUGCCUCUAAUUGGCCUAUUCUUCGCCUGCUGUCGUUGCUGUGGUAACUGCGGGGGCCGCAUGUACCAGAAGCAGAAAACGAACAUCCACUGCAAGCGAAGAAGCUUUUACUGCUCCACAUUUAUCAUAACUGCACUAAUUCUGGCAGGGAACGUUUGCAUGUUCCUGAGCAGUACAUACACUUCAGAGACUGUGAUGGGCAGCUCCACAGAACUCAAAGACAUCUUGGAGAAUGUCAAAAGCUAUAUUACUACUGUUCCUGAGCAAAUCCGACAAGUGACGAAUGAGAGCUCUAAGACUGUGGAUAAGGUUGAAAACAACUUAAAUAAAACAGGGCCUUUGCUUGGCAAAGCGAUCCAGAAUGGUCUUAAAGGUGCCCUCGACCCAGCAUUCACAUCAAUUAGCGAAAUAGCUAAAGUGAUAAAUAGCACCAGCACUGGGCUGCUUCAGCUUAAUAAAACUUUGGAUCUGUUGAAACCGAAGGUGGAUACACUGCAAGCUAAUUUAUCAGCAGUGAGGCAGCGGAUUAACAACACUAUGCAUAUGUCAGACUGUGUAAACUGCAGUUCCUUUCAGCCAGAACUGGACAAACUGUCAUUGGAUGGAAGUCUUGAAUUUUCUGGUCAAAAUGAUUUGAGGUCUGCUAUAGACAAGGCCAUAAAUGCUAAUGUCACUGGACAGGCAGAAAAGGGGAGAGACUUUUUUGAUAGUAUUCCUCAAAAGGUGGAAACUCAGACGGCAACAACUGUGAUAUUGGCUAAGUAUGAGCUUGACAAGUUAAAAAAACAGAUCUCAGGUGUGACUAAAGACCUUCCCCUUGAUACAUUGGAGAAUAUUUCAGGACCAUUAUCUAACGUGCAGGGUUUCAUCUCAAAAUAUACUCCAGAGAUAGAGAGAUCAAGUCAAAUCAGCCGGGCUAUUGGAUUGACCCUGAGCUGUCUGAUUUUGCUGGUGGUGAUCUGUAAUAUUCUGGGUCUGCUGCUGGGUACAGCUGGACUAAAUGCUAAAGACAAUCCCACUGAACGCUCCGGCACAUCCAACUGUGGAGGAAUUUUCUUCAUGGCAGGAGUAGGUUUUAGCUUCCUGUUCUCCUGGAUCUUCAUGUUAGUGGUGUUGAUACUUUUCAUAGUGGGAGGUAAUACCUACACCAUGGUCUGUAAACCGUGGCAGAACAAGGAACUCAUCCAGGUUUUUGACACUCCAGGGCUGAUUCAAGGGUUCGAUUUGUCCAAGAUUCUGAAUUUGAAAACAAACCUGAGCAUUUUUAAUGUGUACAGUGAUUGUCAAAAUAACAAGCCCCUGUGGACCACAUUACAUCUGAAUGAGGUCUUCGACCUAAAUAAUAUGUUAAAUGUUUCAAAGUACGAAAGGCAGAUUUAUCAGACCUUUGAGGAUGCAAACCUCAACAUUGCAACCAUCACUGUCCUCAGUCCGGAGGUAGAGUCCCAGCUACACAACUUCUCUAGCAGUGCCAGCACUAUGAACUUCAGCAACAUUAUACAGCAGAUUAAUGAUGUGUCAGGGACAAAUCUGAGCUCAGCAGCACAAAGUCUGGAUGAGUUGGCUGAUAAACAGACAAACAACAAUAUCAGUAAGCAACUGCGUGGGGAAGCUAAAGAUCUGCGAGACAUCCAGACUGACAUCACGUCCAACAUUAUGCCUUUGCUGCUGGAGCUGAAUGCUACCAUUAAGAAUCUCAGCGCAGUAGCAUCGCAGAUCAAUGCAACUGUGGAGAAUGUUCUUAAAAAUGUUGGUUAUGCUCAGGACGUCCUGAACUACAACAUAUCACAAAUAGUGAAAAAUGAGAGCAUGUCAUUCAUAGACUGUCAGCUGAAAAUCUUUCAGGCAUAUGUUAGUUGGGCGAAUCAAACGAUCACAGAGAAGAUGGGUCGUUGUGGGCCUGUAGCGGCAGCAUUAGAAAGAUCAGUGGAUCUUCUUUGUAAACACCUGGUGGGAUCUGUGAAUGCCUUUUGGUUCAGUUUGGGCUGGUGUAUGAUAUUCCUGAUCCCCAGCAUCAUUUUCUCAGUUAAACUGGCCAAGUACUACCGCAGGAUGAAGUAUUCAGAUGUUCAUGAGAAUUCCUAUAAUAACAUCAGGAUGCAUUCUUUCCCAAAGGCUCACCUAAAACCUGAAUUAUUGGAAAAUGAGAAACAACCACCUUUUACAUACAUACAUAAAUAAAAACGACAGUAAAAGUUUGAUUUACACACGCCGACCCACAUAUCAAUGAAUUCACAAUGGUGGACAAAUUAUGCAGCCCUUAAAGGGACAUGGAGAUGGAAGAAAAAAAUUAUGUCAAUGCUGUUGCAUUCCCUCGGAAAUAUUUUGCGUUCCCCUGAGAAAUGUGCGUUACCUCACAAAACGUUUGCUUUCCUUGAGAAAUGCAUUCACUCGCAAAGAACGGAAAA